AUGAUACCCUUUAGGUUUUACAACGUUGUCAGGAGUCUUACGACGACUACCGAUAAAAUUGCUAACAUCGUUAAGAAGAACAAAGUAGUUGUGUUCAUGAAAGGUGUUCCAGAUAGUCCAAAGUGCGGCUUUAGUAAUGUGGUUGUGCAAAUAUUGAAAAUGCAUGAUGUCAAAUAUGAUGCUUAUGAUGUUCUUGCUGAAAAUGAGCUCAGACAAGGUAUCAAGGAUUACUCUAACUGGCCCACAAUACCUCAAGUGUUUAUAAAUGGAGAAUUUGUAGGUGGAUGUGAUAUUCUCCUACAAAUGCACAAGAAUGGUGAACUAGUAGAAGAAUUAAAGAAAGUAGGAAUCACGAGUGCUCUUUUAAAGGAGGGACAGAAAUCCAAAGACUAA